AUGCCAAGCAGGGACAGGAGCAGGUGGCGCAAUGUCCAUUUCUACAACGCAUCCAAUGACCUCCUAGGAGGUUUCUUCCAAGCUGGUUCCGUAACGGACGCUAACCUGAUCUGGAUUCUCCGCAACGUGUUGCUAGUUCAGGCGGAGAAUCUUACGAUAAAGCAUCGAGCAUCCGAUCGAAUUAUCACACCAUCAAAUAGUGCCGUUGUCCCUGGCGACUAUGUCAUCUCCUGUGAUGACCGUACAACAGGAGUUUUAAAGAACUCUAUUCAGAACGGUUUGCUUAUAAGUGCGACGCUACACGGUUGUUUUGAUCAGUAUAUGUUCUCUAUUAACCCCGAUGACGGAUAUAAGAUUGUCUCGUUUGUACCAGACUCCUAUAGAAUUGAUGGAAAAGUCCUUGACCCGAUCUGCCGGGACCCAAACGACCCAGACCAUGUCGCGGACGAGCUCCUAAGAUGGCACUUUCGGCAAAGCGUGCUCGCUAAUAUGCGAGGGGCCGGGGAGCCGAUAUUCGAGUCGGACUUUCCCCCUGGGACAGACCAAAUAGCGACGCUACAAGACGAACCAUAUGGCAGGGAGAGAUUUGAGAUGGAGGUCGAACUCAGACUCGGACCUAGAGCCAGAGAAGAAGAGGUCGACAUAUUAAUAGGGAAUAGGGACAGAAACAAUUACUAG